UUGUGGGAGUGGUGGGUGAAAUUCUGUGGCCUGCGUUGUGCAGGAGGUCAGACUAGAUGAUCAUAAUGGUCCCUUCUGACCUAAAUAUCUAUGAAAAUACUAAGCUGUAGCCCAAAGGGCAGCAGACAGCUGAUGUCAUAAUCAGUGAUGUCAGUGGCAUGAAAGUUCCAAAAUUACCCCUGGUAUUUCUCGGCUUGCCAUGGCUUCUGCCCGUGCAGUCAAAGGGAAUCAACAUCUAUGACAAAAGGAAAGGAAAUGUCAGUCAAAGGAAGCGCCAGCUCUGUGGCGGUAGCAACAAUCCAGGAAGGUCCUGCAAAACGGGCGGUACUAGUUAGGGCCAGUAAAAAGCCUAAAGAGAAUAGCGCUUCAUCAACUCAGGGAAGCCCCAAGAUUGUGAAGGAGACUAGAGCAGUGAUCAUAGACAUUGGCACAGGUUACUGUAAGUGUGGAUUUGCUGGAGAGCCUCGUCCCUCCCAUGUUAUUUCAUCCACAGUGGGCAAGCAUUUCCAGGAGACUGCUAAAACUGGGGACAAUCGCAAAGAAACCUUUGUUGGAAAAGAACUUCAGGAUGUGAAAAUACCCCUAAAACUGGUCAACCCCUUGCGACAUGGCAUAGUGGUCGACUGGGAUUGUGUCCAAGACAUUUGGGAAUACAUUUUCCACAAAGAGAUGAAGAUUCAGCCAGAGGAGCAUGCUGUCCUGGUAUCCGACCCUCCACUGAGUCCUACCACCAACAGGGAGAAAUAUGCCGAGAUGCUGUUUGAAACGUUCUGCACUCCUGCCAUGCAUAUCGCCUACCAGUCCAGAUUAUCUAUGUAUUCAUACGGAAAGACCUCUGCUCUCGUGGUAGAAAGUGGCCAUGGCGUUUCAUAUGUGGUCCCUAUCUAUGAAGGUUAUACUAUGCCAAGCAUUACUGGAAGAGUGGACUAUGCUGGAUCAGACCUCACCCAUUACCUCAUGAAGUUAUUAAAUGAGGCUGGGAAAACAUUUACUGGGGAACAACUAAGUGUGGUAGAAGAUAUCAAGGAAAAGUGUUGCUAUACGUCUCUGGACCUUCAGCAUGACAUGGGUUUGCCUCUCCAGAAACAGCAGGUUGAUUAUGAACUUCCAGAUGGGCACGUAAUUGCCAUUGGCAAAGAGAGAUUCCUGUGUGCUGAAAUGCUCUUCAAACCAUCCUUGAUAGGAUCACAGCAGCCAGCGCUUUCACUGCUGACAAUGACCUGCCUCAAUAAAUGUGAUGCUGAUCUCAAGAAGAAGCUGAUGGGCAACAUCUUGCUGUGCGGAGGUUGUACCAUGCUGAGGGGUUUCCCUGAUCGCUUCCAGAGAGACCUCACCAAGAUGUGCCCCAAUGAUGACCCCAUCGCAGCAGCAUCCCCUGACAGAAAGUCUUCUGUCUGGACGGGAGGGUCAAUUUUGGCAUCACUCAAGGCCUUUCAGCAGCUCUGGGUUUACAGAAGGGAAUAUGAAGAACAGGGUCCUUUCUUCAUCUACAGGAAAUGCUUCUGAAUACAAAGUGGACAAGACUGAGCUUAGAAUCAACACUGCUGCCCAGAGUGGACUGUAGAUGUCUAAGAACCUCUGUUUCUUUCUCAGAUACUGGUAACAAACCAAGCUACUAAUAUGAAGUUUGGAUCUGUGUUCCACUGUGGCUGUAUUAAAAGCUCAGAGCAUUCUGUGUUGCACAUUAACAGCUUUUAUCUCGUCUGUUUCAUAAGAAUUUUCACUGUAGCCUAUUUGACAAAAGAGGAUUUACCAGUGUAAAAGGGAUAUAGCAGUUGGUACAGACCCAUUGUCUAUUGCAGUGGGUUUCAGCCUGUGGUCCAGGGACCCUGAGGGCCACAGACUGUCUAAGAUUUCCAAAGGGCUCCCCACCUCCACUUGAAAUUUGUUAUGGAUCCUCAAAUGAAAAAAGGUUGAAAAUGCCUGAUUAAGCGAUGCAGAAAAACAGCACCACUUCCAGCAUCUACAAUGAGUCUGCUGCUGACCACCAGCUAUGGUCAUAAUGAAAUUUUUCUAACUAAUGGGUUACCCCUUAGUGCCCAAAAUGGAUCCGGGCUGGUAGACUAGUUUCAAAGUAACUGCACAUGUAGCUCUGUGGUCCACUCCAGGAGUGCUAACCAGGUCUCCCACAACAACCUGGCUUGGGGCAGGGACCUUUCUCCCACGCCUUUCUGAUUGGAGGGGUUUAAGGGCGCACAGCCCCUGCCUUACAUUGCGAUAUCCUUAGCAAGCCAGUCUGCCUAAGGGCCUGUGCCUUGCUUUCUUUGAGGCCUAUGAACAGUGUAUAGCCAGCAUUUACAAGUUACCACACAGCUCCUUCAAAGCAAGCACAUUUAUUCUUAAGGUGAAAGAAUUACAGCUGAAACAUCAUAAAAAACAAUAGCUGGAUUUAAACACGCUCCAUAGGGCCCUAGUACACUGAAGUCUUUUCAACCCUUCCACAAGGGUUGAGGCCCCCUUGGACAGAAGGUCUUGUCCAUUUGCUGGAUUAGAAAGAACACCUUGUGCCAGUUACAGUGCAGCCCUUUGACACCAAAAGCCCUUUCUUUUGUCUGCUGGUCUCAGGAAAAUCCAGUAGGUGCGAGCUGUUACCAGGGGUGGUAUGUCUUGGGGAGGUGAGGGGGAUGUUUACAGCUUGAGUGAGUCACCACAAUCACCCUCCCAUUUUUAGAGCCUUGCAGAGCUGUGGCCACCCUUCCCUGUGGAGUUGCACACAAUCCCUGGCUCAACAGUCCAUAAACCAUUCAUAACCUACAUGCAAUUGCAAUAUCUGUCACCCUCAGACUGUGGAGUCCCAGUGGAAUUCUGCUAGCCAAGUGUAUGAAGUGUACAGGAGAUUUGCUAGCUGUAGAUUUAUUCUGUCAGCCUGAUGAAAACGGUAAGUCCCUCCCUCUUUCAGCACAUCACUUGUACCUGGAGAUGGCUUGUGUGUGCCAGCCCUUUUCCCAGGAUA